ACAGACCAGCCGGCCAGACAGGCCUCAGACAAGUCAGGAUGAGGCUGGGAUUGCAGGUUCUGCUUCUGGAAGCCGACCUCCUGUAAGGCGCCCAUCACAGGGCUUGGGCCACUUACCCAGGAGGCCAAGUAAGACACGGCGUCUUGGCUCGGAAUCUGCGGCUCCAUCAUCCCCACCCAGGCGACGACUUUCGGCAGUGUCACCCCAGCCACCACUGGCACUAUUGGCGAGUUCGCAGAGUGAUGAGCCCCGAUCCCCUCAGUUAUCUGAGCCCAGCUUGAUGGCCGACGUGGACCAGCAGGGACAAGACCAACAGGCAACCAUCACACUGCAACUUACACCUGUUGACCCAAGCCAGCCAAUACAGCUGCAGGAUAUCCCCCAAGCCUCCAUCAGUCCACAACUGGCACAAGCUCCGCCCCCAAGCCAAAUACCAGAUGAUUUUUGGGCCAGUUGGACAAGCCAACAGGCCCAAAGCAAUGCCAGCCUGACCGCACAUACACAACACCUUGCCAGUCUGCCCCAUCAUCUACCGCGUAUUAGUCGCAACUCGGGCAGACUGAUUGUACAAGUAGGGCGAAUGGCAACCUCAAUGGAGCAAAUAAGGGCUGACAACAGCCAAAUGCUUGCUCAUUUAUCGCGCAUAGUAGAUGAGCAACAGCGCCAUCAGCAGGCACUCGUUCAGCUCAUUCAGCACAACCAAGUGGUGAAUGAGUCGUUAUCCAGGAUUGUAGCCAGCCACACUGCAACCAACACUCAGCUGAUUGCAAGCCUUAAUAAUUUGAGCAGCAAUAUUUCAUUGAUGGGAGCUCACCAAGUAACCUCCAGCUCGGGGACCACGACCCCUAUCCAAACACCAGUAACCUCCCCUGUUCGGCGUUCCUCCAGAGCACGUGCCAGUGAGCCAGCACAAAGCUCAGCACCCAGCACACACAAGCGGAAAAAAUAACCCCAAUGUGAU